AAAAGCGAUGACGUCACUUGUCACAGGGGAUGAAAAUUGAAUAUGCGCACUGGUCGCGAUUUGAACAUCUCUUGGUGGGGCGGUGGCCAACUUAAUAAACAAGCAACAAUCAUUUAACAAUAAAUCAAACCGAAUUUAAACACCGACGGCGUACAUUCAACGACUACGACUUGUUUAUUCCACAAACAUGCGUCACCAAUCGAAACAAAUGAACGUCUCUGCAAGUGCGGCCAGCAUUAGACCAAUGUAAGGUUAUGUGCAGCAGUUUUACACACUCAUUUACACCCUUGGGAAACAAAUUGAUAAAUGUUCACGCACCGGUGUAGUAUACGCAGAGCGACGAUAUGGCUCAUCGCAUGCCUUCAACUAUUCGUAAUCACAUCGUACUUCUUUCUACAAGACGCAAAUCCGCCAGCAAUCAAACCAUCAGUACAGUUUCUCACACAACAGUCGAAUCUUACAACACAGAAAGGUCCUACAUUUUUCACACUAUACCAGAACGAAAUUCAACUUAAUUCAACUCUAACAAGAAGUUAUUACAUCGACUUUAAUUCUUCGUUGUGUUAUCACAAUGGAACCGAUGUAAAACGCAUGCAAAGAAGCUACAUCUCCUGGAAAUGCGAAUGCAUGCCAAACUAUCAUGGCAGUGAUUGUAGCCAACCAGAAGUUAUCUGGCGAGCGCUCCUCGCGUACAGGAAAAGACUACCGCUGAAAGAACGCAGUGAAGACCGCAAAAUCAUUUACCUCUUUGAAGUGAGUGAUAUAACAAUGACAAUCAGUGAUAUACGAGUAUCAGAGCUGAAUAAUGCAGUGGAUCUGUUUAUUCUCUAUGAAAUUGCUUCGAAUUCAAUGGAAAAACAACUGCGAUACGGUUUUCUGAAGCAAUAUCAUCGAAAAAUUCUAUAUUUGAGACUUGACUCUAGAAAUGAUGUGAAAAACCUAUGGAAAACAUGUUUAAAACAACUUAAAAGUCUCCAAAAUGAUGAUAUCAUCAUUCAUACAGGCAGUAAUGAAGUGCCAAACAUUGUAGCAUUGAAAUAUCUAAAACUAUACGAUUUUAAAUUCCCUGAACCGAUUUUACUACGCUAUCGAUGGUCGGUUUUCGGUUUCUUCUGGUUACACCCGAACAAAACAAAACUCUCCUCUGCAAUUGUAACGGUUAAAUAUUUAGAGAAUAUUCUAGAUGGAGAUGUGACUGAAUUGAAAAACACAACCGCUGGGUUCAUAAUCGGUGAUUUAAAUCAUUUCGGAGGCUGGUUUUGUGAGUUCUGUAACGAUCCGGGUAAAAUCAUCGAUGAACUGACGCUGUAUAACGAUAAAUACAAACAGUACAAGAGUUUAUUGCUAAACGGCGCGUUGAAACUGAAUAAUUUAUCGAAGAAUCAAGUGAUAGAUGUGAAUACGAUCGAAGACUUGAUUGAGAACGGCAUUUACAUUGAUGGAAAGACUGAUUUAGUCAAAGCGCAUCGAUUUAGAGACAAUUAUUUCGCCCCGGCGUUUUUACAAGAGAAUACGUGGAAGUAUGACUAUCUAAUGAUGAAUAUCUACUCGAAAAUGGACUAUUACGAGUGAUUUUAUGCUUUUUUUUUCGCUUUAAAUGUGUAAAUAUUGAUUUAAAAUGAAUGACAGCAUCUGUGAUACUAGUUUUUCAUCCGAAUAAUUAAGUCUGAACUGUUAAAUAUGUAAAAUUCAUUAGGUAAUCAUAAAAGUGUGGCUUUAUCGAA